AUGCAAUCUCGAAGUCGUCCUCAAAGCAACCUCAAAAAUGACUCGCGAAAUAGGUUUCAAAUAGAACUGGAAUUUGUCCAAUGUCUUGCGAAUCCUAACUAUCUAAAUUUUCUUGCACAGCAAGGUUGGUUUGAAAAGCCAAAUUUCAUAAAGUAUUUGAAGUAUUUACUGUAUUGGAAGGACCCUGCAUACUCAAGAUAUCUCAUUUAUCCGUAUUGUCUUCACCUGCUUGAUCUUUUGCAACAUGCGGAAUUUCGCUCUGCUCUUGCACGAGGUCAGAUAUGCCGAAUGAUCGAUGAUCAAAUUCUUCUUCACUGGCAGCACUAUAUGCGUAAGCGUGCAGCUCUUAUAGCUAAACACGUUGAAGAAACUAUACAACCCACUUAA